AUGGAACCAGGAAAGGCUUCGAAUAAUUUGAAGGAGGACCAGAGCCAGAAACGAGAGCCUUCAACAUCUACAGGCUCUAAAACAUCCAGACCGAGGCGUGGCAGGCCUGCCGGUGCAAACCGGACCCCUCUGUCCUUGGAAGAAAGGCGCGCUAGGAACGCUCAGUAUGAGCGUGAAAGGCGAGAGGACUUGGCCAAAGCUCACUCGGAGCUAGCAGAGGCCGCGGGCUGUGAUCCUAAUAUAUCGACGGACGACUUGAUGACACUCGUCAUCACAAAACUCCAGCAGACGAUUCCUGCAGAAGACAUUAGGCUGGCUAAUGUAGAUCUGGAGGCACAAAUUGCCAAAUGUAUCGAGCAGUUGCCUCCGGAUUACAUCGUCAGCGAUGAUGAAGAGGAGGUGCAGCCGGAAGAGCCCAACACUCGAAAACGGAAACCAUCACAUCGUGAUACGUUUAGUGAUGACAAACGUAUGCGGCUCGGUGGGACGCAAAUGCCAGCAGUGGGUUGGAUGAUAUCGCCUGCUGACUUUGCCGAAGCCGUACCCGGACCCGGACCCGGAAAUUACGAGUGGGAAGACGUAGACGCUUUCUUGGCCGAACAGCUGUCCUCGUUUAACGCCGAGGCACCACCGGUAGUGCCAUCAGUGGCAUUACCACCUAACCCACCGAUGACACCACUGGCGACACAACGGCCACGAAAUUACGAGUGGGAGGACGUCGAUGCUUUCUUGGCCGAACAGCUGUCCUCAUUUAACGCCGAGUCACCACCGGUAGUGCCACCAGUGGCAUUACCACCUAACCCACCGAUGACACUACUGGAGACGCCACGGCCACUAAAUUACGAGUGGGAAGACGUAGACGCUUUCUAUGCACGGCCAGAGGCGACACCUAACCCACCGAUGACACCACUGGCGACGCCACUGCUACGAAAUUACGACUGGGAAGACGUAGACGCUUUCUUGGCCGAACAGCUGUCCUCAUUUAACGCCGAGUCACCAUCGGUAGUGCCAUCAGUGGCAUUACCACCUAACCCACCGAUGACACUACUGGAGACGCCACGGCCACUAAAUUACGAGUGGGAAGACGUAGACGCUUUCUAUGCACGGCCAGAGGCGACACCUAACCCACCGAUGACACCACUGGCGACGCCACUGCUACGAAAUUACGACUGGGAAGACGUAGACGCUUUCUUCGUGCGGACGUGCGACAGGUCACGUAAGCAGUUAGUGGCAAACAAUUUUGAUAUUGGAAGUUCGUCUACAAAAUCUGGUUCUGACAUAUCAGAAGCUGUUGAACACUCUUUUUUGAAGUCUGGAGCUGACCAGUUCCAAUCGACGGUGCCCGUUCACAAACAUUUGGCGAACCCUAGCACCGCCCAACUCAACCAUUUUGUAGGGAAUCGAGCGAUCCAAUGCACGUGCCCUCGCCAACGAGAUCUCCAAGCUGACAUAAAUGCAAUCUACUAG